CUUUCAACAACAACCCAACAUCAUCACCAAGUCUCAUGACAACAUCGGGCGGCAAGACUGCCUCAUGAUAUUGUGCCCCACGACUAACGCUUGGAAUCAAACAGUCUUUACAGCCUCUGUCCACGAACGCGUAUUGUUCUGCAGGCCCGACACAACAACAAACAACAACAAAAAACCAAACACUUGUACCAACCGCCGCGACAAAGUAUCACUUCAAUGACAACAUAGGCAGACGGCAUCAGACAUCAUCGCCAAGAUGGACUCACCAAUCCGUCCGACCCCGCCAAUCCACCACCUCUCCCUCGAGCUCAUUCUCAUCCCGCCCAUCCUCUUGGCCUUCGCGACAGCCCUCAGUCUCUUCACCCACUCCGACGCCAACCUGUACAUGCUCUACUCGCAAUGUCACUCCCACGCCCGCAUCGACUGGCUGUCUCGCACCCCCCUCGUCGGCCCUCUCGCCUGCUUCCUCGUUUCCUUCUUUCAGGAAGCCCUCCUCUCCCCGGUCCGGUCCAAGGGCAUCAUGUCCGUCGUCCUCAGCUACGUCGCCGGUCUGCUAACCAUCACCACGGUCGAGGGCUCGCGCCUCUGCAAUAAAUCCGCCUUCCUCCUCGCCUUCCCCACCGCCACCUGGCUCAUCUUUGAUCUCGUCGGUGGCGCCCUAGUCUGGGAAAUCGUCAUCAUCCCCGCCUUCUUCCACCGCGCAAAGGUCGUCAUCCAAGCCCGCCGCCAGGGAACCACCACCUCCGACGGCGAAGUAGCCGCCGAACCCGAGCUCGUCCUCGGUGACCCGCGCCACUUGUCCACCCUCGCCGAGUCGCUUUCCAUUCCCGUGUCGAUCGCAAUCGGCUACAUCCUCCCCUCGCUGCUCAUCCUCCUCCUCCCGUCGGACAAAACCGCCGUCCCGAUCCUCCUUUGGCUCUUCUUUCCCGUCUGGGUCUCCCUCCUCCACCAGGGCGUGCGCACCGCGCUCCUCCAGGUGUUCAAGGACCACCCGACCUGGCCUAGGCCUUUCCACUUGGAGACCUCCCUUCUCCCGCUGGUGACCACCUACUCUGCGCCCAUCCUUUUGUCGCUGGCGUCCCACAUCUACCUUAUUGUUACACUUUUCAUCCAUCCGCGAGACGACCGGCAGGAAAUGACAUUGGCCACGACGCGGUUUAUUAUGGUCAACAUGGUCUACAUUGGCCUGACGGUGCUGUACUGGGCGUUUAUUGAGGCUGGGUGGCAGACUGCGCUGGUGAUGCUGGUAGUCACGGCGUUGGCGGGACCCGGCGCGGGAGUGUGUGUGGGGUGGGUCUGGAGGGAGAGUGCGGUUGGGGUGGAUUGGAUUGGACGGAGGUUCGGACGGAGGGUCAGUGUUAUUGCUGUGGCGGUGGGCGGAAGCGGCUCGAGGAGGGGAAGCGACGGCGAGCGAGAUGGUGAAAGGGGGCAACAAGGCAGCAAUGGGCCGUCGGAGGAGACGCCGCUUUUGCGGUAGGAGAGAGAGGAUGGAAUACGGUGUGAGUUAUGUGAUAAUGUGGAGUUUGUGUCGCAUUUCGUCGGCGUAGUGUUGCAGGUUUCGUUUUGUCAUGGAGAUGGAAUGAGGUUCAGGAGACGUGCUUCGUGAUUUUUUAUAUCUUUCCCUUGCUUUCAGCGGCGCAGUCGGCAUUGUUGUUUUCUCUGCUUUCCAUACAUCCACG